AUGAAUGAACUUGCCGCAAACGACAGAAUUACCGGAAAUGGCCAUGUACAGAAGCCACGCCCACACAGACCUUCCUCAUCUAGAAGUUCAGAGGGGACCUCGUCAAGACGAGACAGAUCUUCUUCAAUCUCAUCGUUAGAAUCGUCAACAGAUAGACAUCGGGGGUAUUCUUCAAGCAGCGACAACCCGAUUUCUGCCUCAACCCGCCGUCCUUCAAACGGUUGCCCCAGAGAGCAUGACUCACCCAGAAGAUACCCCAGGGAGAGAUCUUUGGGGCGUCCCGGGGACGGGCGAACCCACAGAACUAACAAGGGAAGAUCGAAAUCAUCAGAGACAGUACGCAAACACCUGGCUGAUAUGUGCUCAAGUACGUCCACGGUUUCUGAGAACUCGGAAAGACAUGGUGUUUCUUCUGACUGUCUGGGCAAUCACGGAAAUAAUUUGACGUGUUUGGAUACAAAUGACAAUCAGAACAGACGAUAUAACUCAAUAGAGGGGAGUGCUGGUCGUCAUAGCAACCACAAUUCGAAGUAUAGCCGUAAACAAAAUGGCGCUGUUAAAUCAGAUGGAGCCACUAAACAAAAUGACGCCACAAAACAAAAUGGCGCUGUUAAAUCAGAUGGCACCACUAAACAAAAUGGCGCUGUUAAAUCAGAUGGCACCAGGAAACAAAAUGGCGCCACAAAACCAAAAGAUGCCGUCAAGCCAGGGUGUUUUACCUUAACUGUGGAUGAAGACAUUUUAUCAACAUUGUCACGGAGCACAACAAGUUUUGACCUUCAGGACGAGAACGAGGAGCGGGGUAACUGGCACGGAACCUGCGACUUCAACGUGUCGGUGCUGGGGUUUGCCGUGGGUCUGGACAACGUCUGGAGGUUCCCCUAUCUGUGUUACCGUAACGGCGGCGGCGCCUUCCUCUUCCCUUACAUUAUCAUGAUGAUCCUGGUGGGCCUGCCGCUGUUUUUCCUGGAGGCCGCCCUUGGACAGUACACCAGCUGUGGCGCUACAAUGUGCUGGAACUUUGCUCCGCUCUUUAAAGGUGUUGGUAUCGCCAUGGUGAUGGUGUCAGCCAUGACAGGAAUCUACUACAACGUCCUACUCAGCUGGGCAUUCCACUACCUCUUCGCCUCCUUCACCAGCGACCCGCCGUUUUUGAACUGCGACAACCCCUGGAACACGGAAGACUGUAGUUUGAGAUUACCCACAAUGCAGUGCCAAGGUGUGAGUAAAACAAUGGACGGACUGUGCAGGAGCUACAAUGGUACAGAGGUCGGCAUCUGGAAUAAAACUCUCUUCGUCAACGUCACUGGGCGGAAACUGAAGUCUCCGUCUCAAGAAUACUGGGAAAACUCCGUGCUUGAGGUCAGUGAGGGUCUGGAACACAUGGGCAGCCCCAAGUGGGACCUGGUCCUGUGUCUGAUGUUAGCUUGGGCCGUGUGUUUCUUCUGUCUGAUCAAGGGAAUCAAAAGCACGGGCAAGGUUGUGUAUUUUACAGCUCUCUGUCCCUAUGUCCUGUUGAUCAUCCUGUUCCUCAGGGGUCUGACCCUAGAACACGCCUCCUACGGCAUCUACUAUUUUAUCACGCCUUCUUUUGAAAGGCUAGGGGACGCAACGGCCUGGAAAGACGCCAUCAACCAGAUCUUCUUCUCUCUGGGCAUUGCCGGCGGCAGCGUCAUCUCCCUGGCCAGUUACAACCGGUUUCACAACAACAUCGUCAGAGAUUCCAUCUUGGUAGCCUUUGGCGACACUAUGACAUGUAUCCUUGGAGGGUUUGUUAUUUUCUCUUACCUUGGCUACAUCGCUGGUCAGCUGUCCGUCCAUAUAGAGGAUGUCGCUGUCGAUGGUGUAGGACUGGCCUUUGUCAUGUACCCAGAAGCCAUUUCUAACCUCCCACCAACGACUCUCUGGGCCAUUCUGUUUUUUGUCACAUUGUUGACACUCGGGCUGGACUCUCAGUUUGUGAUGAUUGAAACAGUGCUGACAGGCGUCAUUGACCAGUUCCCCAUGUUACGUCACAAAAAGAUGUACGUCAUGGUGGUCAUCUGUGUCGUGCUGUUCCUGUUUGGGCUACCCCUCACCUGCCCCGGUGGCAUCUACCUACUGCAAUUAAUGGACAACUACGUUGGUGGUAUGACUCUCUUCAUUAUAGCAGCAUUCGAACUGGUGGCUGUGGUGUUUGUUUACGGUGUGAACAGAUUUUGUUUAGACAUUCGUCUGAUGACCAACUGCAAUAUUUUAAUUUUCUGGAAGAUCACGUGGUGUAUCGUCAGUCCAAUCACAAUCGCUUUUAUCUUCAUCUUCAUCUUCGUCGACUACCACCAGUCUAGAUACGACGAUUACAUUUACCCCAGAUGGGCGGAUGCCCUCGGCUGGGUCAUGACCUUGGGUGCUGUCAUGGCCAUACCCUUGGUCAUGGUCUACAAGAUUUAUAAGGCAAAAGACGGGAGUAAUGUAUUUCAGAAAAUUCGAAUGCUCUGCACCCCGACCAUCAGGUGGGGUCCGGCGUUGAAGAAACACAGGGUCAAGGUCGACUACGUGGACGACUUUCACGUGGAGCCGCACAAGAAACUGCCCAGCCUCUGGAUCUACAAGACGCUGUUCCCGAAUUAUUUCGGAACCGCUGUCAAAACUGAAGAGGUCCAUACCGUGACAUCGACUACCCCACCCCUCACACAAGAGGACACAGCGUCCAGUGAGACAACUAACACACGUAUCAACCACCACUCCCGUGAGACUAACGUAUAA